ACAGGAUUCCACGCGUCUGGCGUUCUCAACCGGAAGUUCGAAAGGGAUACCAAAAAGUUUCUGGCUUCGUUCCAAUAGACGAAUAACGUGUCUUCUCUGUUUGCGAGUUAAAGAUCAGCGUGACGACAAAGUCUCAAGUUUCGCUGAUUAUUCUUACCGUGUACUUCUUGUCCGUCCGCCGAUACCAUCAGACAGUGCUUGCUUAUAAAUUGUCAGCGACUUUAGAAACCGCCGACCUGGACCGUAUUUUAUCAACCAUCGUCCGUACAACAAAGUUGUUUGAAAAAGCUGGGCAUCGUGUUCAAUUUACCGGUUUCCUAUACAAAGACCAUUGAAAAAAAGAGUUGUAAAUGACGGAGCGCUAUGAAUCGCCCGAAGUGAAGGCCGUAGUGACCAAGGAAGAGAUUCACAAGAGAUACCAAGACGCUGCUCUGAUCAUAUUUAAAGAGCAACAAAGUAAAAAGGAACUUGUUAACUAUUUAACCUUUGGGACGAGUCGCAGAACCAUGGAAUAUAGUAGCUACGGAAACCAGCCUGUUAUUGUGCGGAGACCAGUCGGCUCUUUGGCAACUCGUAACGAUAGUACCGUAUCCUCGCAAAUAUUAAGGAUAUAUCGAAAGCCUCGAGAUAGCUGUGCAAUAAACUAAUUUAUAACACAAUUAUGGUUCUCGAUUGUAAAUUAAACGACCAUGUCUCUAUUUUAUA